UUUGUCAAUAGCAUGCCAAACGCAGCUUUUCUGUCGACCCUUUCUAUUUGAUCAUUCUCUUGCUAUUUCACUAGUAAAAGUAGAAUUUUUAAAACAAAAAACUGCAUCUCAAGACAUUUUCAUUCAGAGCAGCAAAACACUGCCUCCAAAUUGGCCGAUCUGUAAACUGUUCCGAAUAUGAGGGAUGACUGAAUUUAUAUUUUUUGCCAGCUUCUUAUGAACUACACAGCAAAUUCUGAUGUUCGUUUUCAGUUUUCAGUGAAAACUGCACUACUGAAAUUUUCAGUUAGUUUUUCACUGAACUUCAGUUUAAAUUUGUAUGGAGCUGUCAAAGUUUACUGAGAUUUCAGCAAUUUUUCAUUUACUGAAAAUUUCAGCAGUGCAGAUUUCAGUUAAUCUAACUGAAAGCAGUAAUGAGGGAUUGUAGGGAAUAUUUUUUGCAUUUCAAUUUUUUAAGAAAAAUAGAAAAAAAUAACCUUGAAGUUGUUGAGUAUUGAUUUCAAAACACCCAAAAAGCAAAAAAAAAGUGUAUUAGGCCAUUUAAAAAAAAAACUCCAGAGUUUUUUUUAAUCUUUUAGAAAAAUAUUCUUUCUCUUGUCUGUGAGUCCCGUUUGCGCCCUUGCCCUUUGACGGUUCACAUCUCUUUUUGGUGUUCAUUCCGUUUUGCAAACCUCGAAGUGUUCAUCCAACUUGUCAAAAUUUCAAACAAAAAAAAGUCCCUUCAAAGUAAAAAAGGCGUGCUUUGCGUCGUUUCAAGUUGCAAAAAUUCGCACAAAAUAAAGUGAAAUUUCGCGCCGGUAAUUCGUUUUGAUUGGUGAGAAAGUACAAGCCAUGGUCUCAAAAGGCGACGCGCUGGAUUUGGCCGCGUUGGACGCCGAGCUGGACCAGAUGAGCAAGGACUACUGCGACCCGGAACUGAACCGGUACGACACCGGGCCGGGCGCGGAUCUGGACGACCGGCAGCAGCCGGGAGCGUUGGCGGCGGCGGCGGCCGCGGCCGGUGGAGGCAGUGAGAUGGGGUUUAGCGAACCGCCGGCGGUUCGCAUUCGGUUGAAGAACACGCGCGACUUGACGGAGGCCGGACUGCGGGAGCUUUGCCGGCCGUACGGAACCAUUGUGAACGUGUACAAGGCAAAGCAGGAGGGCGGGAACUUUGCGUUUGUGGAGUUCGGGAACCCGAGCGAGGCGGGGCUGGCGAUCCAGGAGUUGAACGCCAAGUUGGGCUUUCAGUUUUACGCGGCGUUUGCGCACGAGAAGAAGGACACGGAUUUGGUGCCGAUGCCGCCGCCGCCGUUUGGCGCCGGGUCCGGGGAGAAGGUGGUGCACUCGAUUGAGACGUUGGGGCCGGACGAGGAGAGCUGGGAGCGGACGGUGGCGCAGCGGCGGGUUAAGACGGCGUUUUCGAUUCCGUUGAGGGUACGGUUUCCGGAGGAGCAGGGGUUGGCCACGGCGCCGCAUUAUCGGGCGGAGGGAGAUCGGUUGACGCAGCUGUCGCGGGUCGAUGCGGGGGAGAUAUUUAGCGUGGUGACGCUGAUUGGGGGAGGGGGGAAGCUUGAGGUUGACAAAGGAAUUGAUGUUGGGAUUGUUCAACUAAUUGACAAGUUGGCGCAGCGCGAGUCCGUCAGCCGGUUGACGCUGGUUGAAGACGGUGAUCGGAAGAAGCCAGUCUACCACUUUUCGAGCCUUCCCGCCGAUCAGAGCAAAUUGUUUCCGGAUUCUAGCUGUGUGGCCUGCGGCCACCGCGGCUUCUUCAGCUGUUCGAUCUGCACGGCCACGUACUGCUCGCGGCAUUGCCAGGCCGAGGACUACGGAAAGCACAAGGAUUCGUGCCACAUUCAGGGCGUCAAGGUGCGCGUCCCCGCGCCUUCGGCUGUGUUUGAAGAUCUGGACGAGGACGGGCUGACGCAGGAAGCGUUCAAGAAGGGUUCGCACGUGAUGAUCUUGGCGGUGCUGAGUCCGGAGCGGGUGUUUGUGCGAUCGCUGGACAAGGAGAGCAACAAGGAGUACCUGCAGACGUUGAGCGAUGUGGCCAAAGCCGGGCUGACGGCGCAGCCGUUGAAGAACGUGCCAGUGGCGGGCGCCAUCUGCUUGGCAUUCUACGAACCGCUGCAGAUCUACGCCAGAGUGCUGAUCACGAAGGUGGCGAAGGGCCAGGCAAGCUGCGUGUUCAUCGAGUUUGGCCUAAUUCAGCUGGUGCCGGUGAAGCAGCUCAAACAACUCAACGACAGCGCGUUGAAGCUGCGAAAGGUCCGCGUCCACAAGGUGCACCUGCACGGCAUCACCACCGAGUACGGCCACAUCGAAAAAGCCAUCGACUACCUCAAAACCCUCAUCAACCAACCGCUCGAGAUGAAGGCCCAGACGGAGUGCGGAAACCUCGUCGACGCCCAGCUCCGUACCGCGUACGGCGUCAGCGUCAACAAGCGCAUCAACGAACUCAUCACCAUCCCCAUCGAAAAAGCCCUCGACAACGUCGACGCGUUCGUCAACUACAACUCAAUCCCCGCCAAACGACUCCCCCCGAACCAAACCCUGGACAUCCUCAUCCUCAACCGAACCACCGUCAAGCUGGACUUCCGCGUCGGCCUGAUCGCGUACUCCGACCUGCCCUACCUCCACGACCUGCACCGCAAACUCCAAAGCUACGGCAAAAAGGUCGAGAAAUUCACCGAAAACUUCACGCCCCGCCUCCACGAAGUGUGCCUCGUCCGCGACAUGAGCACCUGGUACCGCGGAGUUUGCAUCGAGGCCGCCGGCGACUGCCGCCCAACGAUCUACCUCUGCGACUACGGCUGUAUGAUCAUGGUCAAGCUGCAAGACAUUCGCAAGAUCCCGCCCUCGCUCGCGCUGGAAGUUCGCACCACCGACGCCAAGGUGUACGGCCUGGAGGAGGCGAAGAACAACGGGUUGAAGAUUGACUCCGAGUUCCUGGACAUUUACCUGGAGGAGAACGAACGGCUGACGGUGGAAACCAGCGAGGAGGUGGAGUUCAGUGAGUUCGAGAUGGAGCUUUCGCGGGAGAGCCAGUCGAUGAUGACGGUCAUCAAGGUGCCGGAGCUGGUGGCGUUCAUCGAGGAGCGCGAGCAGCGAGAGAGGAAUCGAGUUGAACAACCCCUCCGGCUUUCGUCCAGGAUGUCGUCGUCGACGACGACGACGGUCUCCAGCAAGGAGUAGCGGAGGGGUCAAAAAUCGACCAACAGGAGGAGACACACACAAAACAUUACCCCACCGAAACAAACAAAAAAAACCUUUGUGUUGAUGUGUGUGUGUCCGACAGGACGACUCAUCAACCUCUUACCAACACAAAGCGCGCUGUGCCUUUUUUAAAUGUUCCUUUAUCUCGCACACACACACACAUGUUUUGAUAUCCCUUUUUCGACGACGACUCUCUUUCUCACACGUAUGACGCGCCCCGGCGGAGGGCGCCUGAGCACACAGGACGAAGGCGACGACGGCCGUGGGCCGUGCAGGAAGAAGCUGGAGGCAGCGCAGCGGCCAUGGAAAAACCCCACCGCCAACCUCCGACGACGACGACAAAGAAGAAGCCGCGAGCCGCAUAAAAAUUGUAGUUUUUUUAGAAGCACACAGGAUUUUAG